AUGCAGCAAUCCGUACCAGUCGUCGACCCGCAGCCAGACGUUGUGGUUCAGCAGGCGCCCCGAGCGCCGAUGCCGAGCGUGCCAACAAGUAUCACCAUGAAAUCGCUGCUUGAGGCGGGCGUGCAUUUCGGUCAUCAGAAGCGCCGCUGGAAUCCGAAGAUGCGGCGUUAUAUUUUCACUCACCGCAACGGCAUCCACAUUAUAGACUUGCAGAAAACCCUGCGGAUGCUGGAAGAGGCAGCCAGUUUCAUCGGCGAUGUCGCCGCUGAAGGCAAAAAGAUCCUCAUGGUCGGAACGAAGAAGCAGGCUCAGGAUACGAUUGUCACCGAGUCCCAGCGCGCGAAUUCGUACUAUAUUACGACACGCUGGCUCGGCGGCACUCUCACGAACUUCAAGACCAUCCAGUCGCGGAUCGACCACCUCGUUGAUCUUGAAACUAGGCAGGCAAAAGGCGAGUUUGCCGCAUAUACGAAAAAGGAAGCACUCAAAAGGGAGGCUUCCAUUGUGCGGCUGAACAGGUAUCUUGGCGGCAUCAAGGAGAUGACCGAGAUGCCUGGUGCGCUUUUCGUCAUUGACAUCGGCAAGGAGGCGAUUGCGGUCGCUGAAGCUAAGCGUGUGGGCAUUCCCAUCGUUGCUCUUGUCGAUUCCGACUGCGAUCCCGACUUGAUUGACUACCCGAUUCCUGGCAACGACGACGCUAUACGUUCCAUCAGGCUUGUCACGGGCUCGAUGGCGAAUGCCAUAAUCGAAGGCACCAACAGGCACACCGCCUUUGAAUACGAGGAGUUGGGCGAGGCUGCGAUGCCCGCCGAGGACACAACACUCGGCGAAGUUACACCUCCUGUCGUUGAAGCCGCGCCCGCAGCAGUUGCUCCCGAGCCGAACGGCGCAGCGGUUCCCGAACAAACCGCGGUUCCCGAACAAACAAUUCAGAAUACCCAGGCAGAGUAG